CCUGUUCGUACUUGGUGGGCAUAUGCAAGUAUAUCAACGACUUACCCGGGAGACCCCCUUUAUCACUUAUGGUAUAAGUAUGAGAAUUUGUAACUCAGGCUACUCACCAACUACUAGGAACUCCAUCUUGUAAACCAUCAUUGCAUGCAAAUGUCUCAAGAUCGACUUGAAGAAUUUGACGAUGAUGGUAGGUUUCAACCGUUUGGAGACGGGUCUAUUUUCACGAUGAUUAUUUCACGACGGUUAUUUUACAAGUUAGAUGUUGAAGUAUAUUGAGCUCGUAGCAAAUCACAUCCUAGCUGACGGUAGAUAUCGCACAUCGUUGGUCACUAAUGCGCUUCCGCCUGGCUGGGCGGGGUCCAGCUUUCAGAAUAUCGUUGAAUCUUCUUCGAAGUUCACGAUAUGCGAAGGUGUUCCCAAAUUGCCUAUCCACUUAACGGGGCUGCUGUGUCUCAUGACAAACCCCUUGGCAGUGAGUUCCUUAUGCCAUUGCUUUGCAUUAUACCAGCAGCUUCACUUGCCCUGCUAUCACCAUGAAACACAGCAUCCUCAAAGAUCAAAUCAAUCUAAAGCAGACUUCCUCUCACACCUACACCAUAUCCUUCCACAAGGACUGGACCAUAGGCCGGGUUUUACACGGGGGCUGCGUCGCCGCCGCUUUGCACCACGCCGCGGCGACCCAUAUCGCCACCGAGCCCAAGCUAGCAGCUAAGAACCAGCCGGACAUCCUGACGCUGCAUCUCGAGUUCCUCCGGCCCUGCGAUGCCCGCGAGAGCACCAUCGCCAUCCGCGACCUCAAGGUUGGCGAGCGGACCAGCACGCUGCAGCUGGAGCUGUGGCAGGGCGAGAAGAUGAAGGUGGUCGCGCUGGCGACGUCGAUCAACAUGGACCGCUCCAACGGUCCUACUCACCCCACGGCAUGGGCCUUGCAUCCGCCGCCCAAGCCCGUGCCUGAUUUCGCCGCCGUGCUUGCUCACAGGCCCGACGAGCACUGGCUCCCCGCCCACUUCGCCGGGGACGUGAUCCCCUUCACUCGUCGGAUGCUAGUUCUGGACCCGCGAGACGGGUUCCCCGUCGACGGCAUCUGCGACGCGUGGGCCACUUUCCUAGGCGACGAGCGCAUGGACGCGACGUACCUGGCGCUGAUGACGGACUACAUCCCGUCGAUGUCGGACACGCUGCUGCGCAACGGCGGGUUCUACGACGCGCGCGCGAACUUUGCCAAGGUGGACGAGUGGGCUAUGGAGCAUCCCGGGGUUCCGGCCGAGCUGACGAACUUUCUCAAAGAUGCGGCGAAGUUGACGAUAUUCAAUAACACGGUCACGUUGGAUAUCGAGUUCAAGCGGAGGCUCCCCGAGGAGGGGCUGCAGUGGGUUUUCACGAGACUGGCUAGUCGGAUGAUGGAGGAUGGGAGGCUAGAUGCGGAGGUGACGUUGUGCGACGAGAAGAUGGAUUUGGUGUGUGUGGCACGCCAGGUUAUAUUGGUUCUCGACGCAAAGAGGAAGUUCGGGGAGGCAAAGAGCUCUUUAUGAUGGGCAUGCAACAGUGAAUAUUGAAGUAUAAUGUCAGGAGUCACUUUACUACCCUAGGUAGCUAUAGGCCACAUAGCUUAUCUCAAGUUCAAACCUCCUACCCAGCCAUCGACAGGCUAUAUAAAAGAAGAACAAUUAACAAAGAACUCCAAACCGUAUGUUUUCGAAGUACAUCUGUUAUAUAUCCAACUUAGCACAUGCCGCUCAUCCAUCAGCUUCUACCA